GUCAAUAUUAAACCCGUUUUGAGGAUCGCGCCAUGCUUCAAAUCUUAUGGCGGAGCGUUCCGAGGAAACGGUCAAAAUACCCUUCGGGGAGAAGCGGCUGGAUGCUGUGAUAACUGUCCCGGAUGAAGUGUCCGGUGUUCGGACCGCGGUGGUUCUGACACACGGGGCCGGCGGAGACAUGAACUUCCGGCACCUGGUGUCGCUGGCGCGAGCCGUGGCUGCUUCUGGGCACAUAUGCGUGCGCUUCACCUGUAAAGGCCUGAACCUGAAGUAUAGAGUGAAGGCCUACGGCGCCGUGGUGACAUAUUUGAAAAGCCAUGACCGGUUCACACUGACAAAACUAUUCCUUGGGGGCCGCUCCAUGGGUGCGCGUGCAGCCGUCUCUCUGGCCAGGCAGCUGAGCGAGGAGGGUGAGGAGUGUGUGUCGGGCGUGGUGUGUGUGUCCUUCCCCCUCCACCCCCCUGCUCAGACACACAAACACCGGGAGCGCAGCCAGGACCUCCGGACGCUAUCCCAUCAGCCCCUGCUCUUCGUCUCGGGCACCGCCGAUGCCAUGUGUGAGCGGAAGCUUCUGGAAGAGUUGGUGCAGGAUAUGCAAGCCCCUGCAGCUGUGCGAUGGGUGGAGGGGGGGAGCCACGGACUCGUCGUCAAGGGGCGACCGGAGGAGGCUGUUCUAGAAGAGGUCAACACACACGUCACAGCGUGGAUACAGCAACAGCUCUCCGAUUAACAUCAACACACACACGUCACAGCGUGGAUAGCAACAGCUCUCCGAUUAACAUCAACACACACACGUCACAGCGUGGAUACAGCAACAGCUCUCCGAUUAACAUCAACACACACACGUCACAGCGUGGAUACAGCAACAGCUCUCCGAUUAACAUCAACACACACACGUCACAGCGUGGAUACAGCAGCAGCUCUCCGAUUAACAUCAAC